CGGCGUUCGUGUGUGGUGUGGCGUGGCGGUUACACUCCGGAGUCGGGCCGGCCAUGGAGCUUCUUCCGUCCCCUCGCGCUACCGCUCUCGCCGGGAAUGCGGCGCUUCGAGGGUGGAAUCGCGCUCGCGGCCUGCGAAGUGGCGCUGGGUUCCGGUUGGGCGCCGGACUCGGCGGACCCCAGGGGAGACGCCGUUCGCCGGGGACCGGAGGGCCGGUUCGUUGCUCGAGCGAAGCGGAGACGCGUCCGCGGCUGGCGGCUGCGCGUGUUGUUUAUGGCGUGGCACCCGCCAUGGGCCACAACCAGGAGUCCCAUCCCGAAUCUCAUUUUAGGGUCCGGCAAUUGUUACAGCUCUUGAGAAGAUGGAACUCACUCCAAGAAAUGUUGUUUAAGGCUGACUCAUAA